AUGGCGACAUCCAAGGAGCAAAAACAUUAUUCAGAUCUUCCCGAAGUUUUGGACUGGCCAUCCAACAUUUCUGACUUAAAUCCGAUCAUGGGCCAUCGUCAAAGGAACGUAGAAAAACAGUUACAAUUUGAACGUAAUUACGUAGAAGCUGAUAUUUCGAAUUCUAUUUAUUCAAAUAUGAAUACUGCAACAUUAACUCAAACUAAAUUAAUCAUCCUUUAUCCGAAUGAAGUUGAUUAUACUAAGGCUCAUAAUAUGUUUAAUCAACAUAUGCCAAACUCAACUAUCCAAGCGAUAUUCAGACUGCAAAUGCCAGAUGUUAUAGUCGACAAACAUCUUGCGUUAAAAGGGGAAAUGGCUAAAAUCAUGAAUUCAGCCGAUAAAAUAACUCAUCAAAUGUUUCAUGGAACAAAGACAUCAUGCGAUCCUAUGAGAUUGAUUACAACACUGGCACCAUCCUGUGCUAGUAAUUGUGGAGUUUGUGGAAUUAUACGCGAAGGCAAUAGAUGUGCUUAUUCCAAAAGCGGAUGUGGAAUGUGGUUUGCCAAACAGUCAUCAAUGUCACAUAUGUACUGUGAUAAUGGCAAACCAGUGAAAGCAAUGUUUAUUGUGGAUGUUCUUGCAAUGCAAUCAAACGAUGUUUUGACUGUUAAUAAAGAUGAG